CUGAACUAUACAUGCAUGGGAUAGUUGAGUGAAUUUCCCUCGCGCGGAACGAAUUUGAUUGAAAUUUGUUCGAAUAGUGUAUUUGAAAUUCAAGGUGUAAAGAAGUAAAAACGUUUCAAAUUACCAAUGUCUUAUUAAUGAUUUUAGAUCGGGAUUUUUGUGAAAUUUCUUAUUUCCAUAAUCGGAGCAAUUUGAAAAGAUGUUAGUGAAAGUAGUUGUAUUACGUUUUCCCUCCUUUUUAGCGAGACAUCAAUUUUAAGACAAUACUACAGAAAGUAAAUGAAUUUAAUCGGCGACCUUUGGUUCUUGUAAUAUAUCGUAUAUAUAUUGCAUUUGUUAAUAUUUUAAUCUUUGCUUCAUUUCAUGUAAGAAAUUUGCAAUAUUAUUGUCUAACCUCUACGCUAUUGUAACACGCUUGCAAUCAUUGACGGAAGUUUGUUUUAUACGAUAAUAUUCAAUUAAACAUUAAGAAUGUUCGAAGCACAUUGCAUUAAUGCUGAGCAUAAAGAUUUGAUUCACGAUAUCGCGUACGAUUUUUAUGGACAACGAAUGGCAACAUGCUCCAGUGAUCAAUUUGUAAAGGUCUGGGACGAAGAUGAAUAUGGUAAUUGGCAUUUAACUGCAUCUUGGAAAGCUCACAGUGGUUCUGUUUGGAAAGUUACUUGGGCCCAUCCAGAAUUUGGUCAAGUUCUCGCGACAUGUUCUUUCGACAGAACGGCAGCCGUGUGGGAGGAGAUAGUCGGAGAAGGAUCUGGUCCUAGCGAAAGUGGCAUGAGACAUUGGGUUAGGCGAACAAAUUUAGUGGACUCUCGAAAGUCUGUUACAGAUGUGAAAUUUGCACCUAAAACGUUAGGUCUCUUGUUAGCAACUUGUAGCGAAGAUGGAGUAAUUAGAAUAUACGAAGCUCCCGAUGUUAUGAACUUGAGUCAAUGGACUUUGCAACACGAUAUUAGUUGCAAGCUUCAAUGUAGUUGUCUCUCGUGGAAUCCAUCUCUUUCGAGGUUACAUCCCCCCAUGUUAGCAGUUGCAAGCGACGAUCCGAAUGGAGGCAAAGUCUUUAUUUACGAAUAUUCGGAAAGUAGUAGAAGAUGGGCAAAAACAGAAACAUUGUCAAUCGAGGAACCUGUUCAUGAUAUUGCAUUUGCUCCAAAUUUAGGCAGAAGUUUCCAUACGUUAGCUAUGGCAACAAAAGAUGUACGAAUAAUUACGUUGAAACCUAUACCGGAUAGCAUACAAAGCGGUUCGUCACGUUUUGAAACUGCAGAAGUAAAGUUUACUGAUCAUGACUCUACCGUUUGGCGCGUAUGUUGGAAUAUAAUGGGAACUAUUUUAGCAAGUUCAGGGGAUGACGGGUGUGUGCGAUUAUGGAAAGAUAAUUAUAUUAAUAAUUGGAAGUGUGUUGCCGUUUUGAAAGGUGAUGGCACUUCUGCUCAAAGUGCUGAAAUUCCUACAGCAGCAACACCACCCAAUCAAUCUGCAGGAACACAGCAAACACCUUCUACGACAAGAAUUGCAGCUAUAACAACGGUCGCUGCAGAAAAGCCUACAGUUGCAGUUAUGUGCAUCAAUAAAUGGCAAGCUCCUGUUACAAAGGGUCGCUUCAGUAAAUCUGUAUGGCUUGGAAAUCCUAGCGAUGCAACUCCACCGCCGCCCCCCAUUUUAGAAUGUUCCAAGGCAAAAAAGUAGCUACAAUUAACGCACGUAUAAGUUUUAAAGGUUUCUAUUGAAUUUUGUAAUACAAAUGCAAGUAACUUUUGUAGCUUUAUGUUUGCGAAUUGUAGGAAUUUAAUUCUUAACAUGUUGGUACUGUUUUUUUUUUUGUUUAUCCCGUUUAACAGUAUUAUUUUUAUUAUACAUAGACUACCAAGACUAAAAAAACCGCUCGAAUACGUACUUAUCGUUGUUACACCCGGGCAAUGUAUAUAGCAAUAAUAAGUGCAGUCAUUGUAAUUACACAUUUACGCAGUCAGUAUAAGCACAGUAUUAGUAUUUUGUAUAUACGCACAUACUACUACAUGUAUGUAAAACUUAUUUGUACACUUGUAAUUUUAAAUUCUUCUAUGUAAUUUUACGUAUAUUUAUUUGUUCUUUUUACCGUUGUAGAUAUAUUUGUAUUUAAUUUAA